AAAAAAAGUCAAUAAUUGUCUUUAGUAGAGUUUGAUAAUUUAUUUCCAAUUAUUCCGAGAAAACGACGAUGUUUUUUGCAAUCAUCCUUCUCGUCCACACCAUUCUCCUUCCGUCGACGCUUCUUUAUCAGUGUGCCACUGCCAAAAGACCAGCUAAUCAGCGAAAAUCUCAAAGAUCAACCAAAUCUCGGAAGUCUAGCCGUCGUAGUCGUCGUAGAAAUGGAAGAUCUCGAAAAUCGAGCCGUAGUGGAAAAUCUUCGAGAUCCUCAAAAUCAGGAAGAUCAUCGAAAUCUUCCAAUUCCACCAAAACUACAGGAUCUAAAUCUAGCAAGUCGAGCAGAUCUCAACGCUCUAACAAGUCAAACAAGAUGGUUACUAACCCAAAAGGGUUCAGUGAUAGAAAGAUACGUGCAGCAAUUCUUGCCGACCAGAAAGCCGCUGCAGAUGCCGUGAAGUCUCAAAAACUCUCAUCAAACAACUCAUCGGAAAAGCAAUUGAAUGCUCAUAAUGACAACAAAAUCUCGUAUGUUAAUGUUCGUGUGAUUCCUCAUGAAUUAAUCUUUCCUCCAAUUGGUGGCAUGAAGCAUGUUCGUGUGAAGAAUUCGACUGGAAAACCUAUUGCCUACAUGGCAAAAUGCUCGGAUAACAUUUUGUUCAGAAUCAAUCCAGUUUAUGGAAUUAUUGAUACCGAUCGUGAUGCUCAAAUUAAUAUUUUGAGAGAAAACGGAGCUGCAAAACAUGAUAAACUCGUCAUUGUCACAACUGUUCAUCAUGAUGCUAACAAGACUGCUCAGCACACUUUUUCUCAACUCAAUCAGGGCAUCGAAAAUCCAAAUUACAAUGUCAAUGUCGUCCCGCUUCUUACUCAGUAAUCGAACUUUUCAAACUUGUGUAGAAUUCUAGAGAAUGAAUGUUUUGAAUAUUUUA